AUGCCUCUGCAAGAUGGCGCAUCGUCUGUCAAAGUGUGCGUGCGUGUGCGGCCGUUCAACAGCCGCGAGCGCAAGCGAGGCGCAAAGUGCAUCGUCACCAUGAAGGACAACGUGACGCAGAUUGAGAACCCGUACAACCAGCAGCAGAACACGUUUGCCUUUGACUUCUCUCACUGGUCACACGACGCCGACGAUCGCGCUGCGUUUGCGGACCAGGCCGCCGUGUACACAGACGUUGGCAAGACGCUGCUGAACCACGCCUUUGACGGAUACAAUGCAUGCAUCUUGGCAUACGGCCAGACCGGUGCAGGCAAGUCAUAUACGAUGAUGGGCGACAAUGCAACAGGAGCCGAGGCUGGCAUCAUCCCGCGGCUCUGCGAGGAGAUGUUCCAACGCAUCCAAACCCAACACAGCAGCAGCAACAGCGAGUUCACUGUGGAGGUGAGCUACCUUGAGAUUUACAACGAGCGCGUAUGGGACCUGCUCAACCCGACCAACACCACGUCCCUCAAAGUGCGCGAGCAUCCGCUCACGGGCCCAUAUGUCGAGGACCUUUCAAAGCUCGCGGUCACUUCUUACGAUGACAUCAGCCAGCACAUUGAAGCUGGCAAUCGCGGCAGGAAGGUCGCUGCCACCAAUAUGAACGCCCGCAGCUCACGAUCGCACGCUGUCUUCAGCAUCAUCCUGACCAUGCACGAUGCACACGCGAAGAGGAAUGGCAGCGCUGGCAAGGUGUCCAAGUUGAAUCUUGUCGACCUUGCUGGCAGCGAGCGUGUGACGUCGACUGGUGCCCGCGGCGCUCGGCUGAAGGAGGGCGCAAACAUCAAUCGCUCCCUCACAGCACUCGGCAAGGUGAUCUCGGCGCUGGCAGACCGCAGCGAGGCGUCACGAGGGCGGAGGAAGCGAACACAGCUGGUGCCGUACCGGGAGAGUGUGCUGACGUGGCUGCUGAAGGAAAGCCUUGGCGGCAACAGCAAGACAUCCAUGAUCGCAGCCAUCUCCCCGGCUGAUAUCAACUACGAGGAGACACUCAGCACGUUGCGAUAUGCGGACCGCGCCAAGCAGAUUGUGUGCAAGGCGAUUGUGAACGAGGACCCAACCUCAAAGAUGAUUCGUGAAUUGCAGCAAGAGGUGUUGCGACUGCAACAGCAAUUACAGCAGCAGCAGCAGCACCAACACCCUGCUGCAUCCCCUAUGCAACGCAACGUUACGUCAGCAAACGGGGCGGUUGUGCCAGCUGCCGCUGAGCACGAUGACAGCCAAGUGCUGGACUUGAAGGCGCGACUCGAGCAAUCGCAAAAGCUGAUUUCAGAGCUGACGGCGUCGUGGGACGAGAAACUGGCCAAGGCUGAUGCUAUCAAGCGCGCACGGCAGGAGGCACUCCAGUCGAUGGGAAUUCGCCUGAACGAAACUGGCGACGGCGCCGUUGGCGUCAGCGGACCAAAGGACCAGCCGCAUCUUGUGAAUGUGAGCGAGCGCUUACACGAGGACGAGCUAGUGCUCUAUUAUCUCACCGCAACAGAGACCAUAGUCAACCCGACUCCGUGCGACAACGAGCAUGAUGGAAGGGGCAGAAUACACGCACGUCCACACGAUAUCAUGCUCAGCAGCUGUGACAUUUUCCCACAGCACUGUGCAUUUGUUAAGCAACAAGCAGGCGUCAGACUGGAGUGUCGGAGUGAGAAUGCGCGGGUGCUGGUUGACGGCGUUCCCGUGACAGACGGCGUGGAUUUGGAGAGCGGAAUGCUCAUCCAGCUGGGCGACUACCACGUGCUCCGUUUCGUCGACCACCGCCCCUCACGCAGUCGCCUUGCAUCCCGGAGCACCAGCAGGGCCGCGUCACCCUCUCUUCGCCGCCGUUCCGUCUCUCUGCGCGAAAUUGCACACGCGCAGCGGCGGCGGUCGAGUUCAGCGCUCGUGGGCAGUGCGCCAUCAUCCCCGGCACUGGCACCGCCACACACGCCAAGCAGCCAUGCAGGCCGGGAUGUGGAGGAGCUGGUGUGGUCGCACGGUCCGCUUUCGGCGAUGGCGCUCGAGUCGCUCGUGUGCUGGCGUCGUGGUAUUGAUCCCACGAACGAAGAGCAGUGCACAGCGGCAGCACAGCAGCUUAGCAACACGCUCGCGCUGCUGCUGUCUGAAGGGCGACUGGUGCAGGAGCAGGGGCCGGGCGGUGCCUGGCUCAUACGCACACAGCAACUGCGAUCAACACAAGAAAAACAAUCACAACAGCAGCAGCAACCAUCACAACAGCAGCACCAGCAGCAGCAGCAGCAGCGCCAAAACAGACAGCAGCAACAGCUGCAUCGCAGUACACUGUCCACCCGUGCGUCACAGAGUGUGCCAUCACCGCUGGCACGUGCGUGCUCGCUGGAAGACAUGCGCUCGCUCGACGGGCAGCGGCUUGUGGCGGAAGCGAAGUUGAAGCGGCGCAGUGGCGGACACACGGGCGACGCAACCCGAUUGCACCGUGGUGAUGGGGGUGGUCGAGGUGUUGGUAGGAUGGCGAAGACUGUGCCAUCGUCACCAACGGGUCCCUCGCCGCCACUACCGUCAACAGGCUGUGGAUGCACAACCCGGCAGCAGCAGCAGCAGCAGCAGCAGCAGCAGCAGCAGCAGCAGCAGCAGCAGCAGCAGCAGCAGCAACAACAACAAGAUCACUAG